UUGAUAAGAUUGAUAAGGAGUUGAGUAAGGAUUUAACAAGGAUAAAGGAUUACAAUUACAAUUAGUGUUAGAGCCUUGAAGAAAGAAUUUUGCACGUUGUCCAAUAUGCAAGGAAUACCGCAUAAUUUAAGAAAACAUUUUUGAUCGUUUCUGCGUCUUCUCAACUGGAGCUGGAAAUAUCGAGUAUACAUUACUUCAAGAAUCAUGUACGCCUAUGAAUGGAGGUCUUAUACAGAAGCCGAUUACGAAUCUGAUUAUGAUUACAAUCACUGCGAUCAUAUUUCUUCGAAAUCAGAACCAAAGACUACCACGGUGGAAUCCUUUUUCAAGUUCCAUGACGUUUCGAUAAAAGUUGGCGAGAAAACUUAUCUAUUGAAUCGUUUGCAAUUAGCUUUAGUGUCCAAUUACUUCGAGAAAUUAUUCACCGAAGAUUACGCUGAGAAAAAUAGCAAUUUUGUGGAAAUUGGUGCCUUGGACAGCGAUACGUUUUCUGUCAUAGUCGAUGUAAUUAAUGGAAAAGAUAUCGAGUCGUUCAUAAAUCCUGAUAGCUACGUUUCAUUAUUGAUAGCUAUGGAUUACUUACAAAUGGAAAUCGAUCUGAAACCGUUUGAAACGUUUCUAUGGGAGUAUAUAAAUAAAGAUAUAGAUUUCGACGUCCAAAUGCUCGAAUUGUGUAAUUUCAUCGGCGGAAAUCAAGAUUACAAAUAUUUGGAAUCCAGGGUUCAUUACUAUCUAUCUUGUCAUUUCGAGGAUUUACUCGAUUAUCAAGAAUUUCUUCUCUUACGAUUGGAAGAUCUUGUAGAUAUCAUGAAGAUGCAACAACGCAGCACCCGCUACUAUCCUUGUGCGUAUGAAAAGAAUAUUGUUAGUCGAAUUUGUGCCAAAUGGAUAUGUCACGACGUUAAAAAACGAUUGAAUGGUUUUGUUAAACUGGUGAAUGCUGCGAAUUAUAGACUGUUCCGGACUUCGUUUCGAAUAACCGCUGCUAAUGUCAACAUUUCAUUGAAUAAUGUGAAAGAAGAUACGAUCGAAGAAGAGAUCCGAAAACACUUUUUUGAACUUCUGGAUUACAGUGGAAAAAUUGAUCCUGAUGAUCCUGAAGAUCAAAAAUUAAUGCCGUCAUGGCGCGGGCGAUAUACGAGAGCCAAAAUAAAUGAAAUUGACAAAAAACAAAAAUGGAUCAAAUUCUUUGAGAACGAAUAUUUAUACGAUGUAACGAUAAAAGCUGGUGAAAAAACGUAUAAACUUCAUCAAUCGGUGUUGAAAACAGCAUCAAGAUAUUUCACAGAUCUAUUUUCUGCCAAAAACUGCCAAUCGCUGGGUCAAUCUGCGGAAUCAUCAACGUGUGAGAGUAAAGACAUACAAUACACAGUAGACUUCGAUGAAACUACUUUCGACGCGGUUAUCAGGUUCGUAUAUUUUGACGAUAUUAAAAUGAUGAAAACACUCGCAGAAUCAUUGGGAAUGCUGAAAGCCGGAGAAACUUUGGAAAUGAAUAAAUUGAUAGAAAAAAGUUUAUCUUGGAUGGAAAGUAAUGCGAAAGAUUUCAGUGUUGAGGACAUUCUCCAAAUACUAGAUCUUACUGUAGGCGAUGACUCGUUCUCUAAUGUGUCGUCUGCGUGCAAGCAGAUUUCCAAUUUGGUCUGCAAAUUUUUCGAAUCUGAUGCAGCCAAAAACCUUACGCGUGAUUUCUAUCAUCGCAUCUGGAAGGUUAAUGAAAUAUUACAAUGUGUCAAAUUGACGAAAAAAUGCACGCGGUGGGUGUUGGAGAAUCUUCGGACACUGAAUAAUGACGAUAUUAUCAAAAUAUUCAACAAAAAACACGCAGAAGAUGAAAUUAUUGAAUUUCUCGACUCUUUCAGUGGAGAAAAGUCAUAUUUUGAUUGUGUUUCUUACAUGUUGUACGCUAGUGAAAACUUGGGAGUUAAGAAAUUGGCGAAUGCAUGCUUGAAAUGGAUUUUUAAAAAUGUGGAAAAAAUGACCCCCGAAAAUGUCAUCGAGGUAUUAAACUUCACCCGCGGUAAAGAAAGAUUUGAUCGUGAACACGCAUUUUUGCUAUAUAAGCAUGUGAUUGCCACAUGGCCAGACAUCAACGAAUCGCUGUUCUGUACAAUUACUUGCGCUACGUUGAAGAAUAUACUUGCUUUACCAAGUUUCCAUUUUGAUGAUCCUCAUCAGAUCGUGGAUAUUUGUGCUAAAUGGAUCGUACACGAUGUAACAAGCCGGUAUCAAUUAAUUCGUGAAAUUGCCUCGAAUAUAAAUCGCAAUCGCACAGUGAACUGCGAUGAUUAUAAGAUUUCUAAAAUUCCUCAAGAUUUGAGUAGCUGUUCGCAACAAUCGAUCAGAGAUAAAUUAUGGGAAAUACUGUGCUUAACUUCGUUAGUGCCUCAUUCGAGUAUGGAAGAUUCAACUAUGGGAGAAAUUCCAAUAUUUAUCGCAACAUCCGAUAAAUAUAGACAUUAUAGAACUGGCUUCCAGUGUAAUAUUUUGGAUGUAAAGUUGAACAGUAUUGCACCUUUGAGGUCUCUCCAGUUUCAUUAUGAGAAUGAUUCGGAAAAGUACUACCACCCAGAGUAUCCAUUAUCGGCAACUCUAAUCGAGGAUAAUUUAUUCAUGCUUUGUGAGAUAUACGACAAAUCUGCGUUCUACGUUUACAAUUUAUCGUUAAAGCAACUCUACUCUUUGGCAGGAAUCCCUCGCAUUACAAGAGGUCGCGAUGGUGUAAUAUUGAAUUGCGAGGGUCAAGUGUACUGUUGCUUCAGGGAAUCGGGUGUCGUAAUGAGAUAUUCCGUAGAAUUGAAUCGUUGGGAAAUGAUUUUUAAAGGCGUGGAAAUAACACGGUAUGGUUUUAGGAGCAGGAGAAUAUAUCUUUAUACCAGUGAUGGCACACACCUGUACAGAGUUUUCAAAAAUAAUUCCGAUCGUUACGUCGCACAAAUGUGGAAUUUCAAACAAAAUUCUUGGAUUUUACUACCAGAUCUGCCAACUUUACCUCAUUCCGAGUGUCCUUUAAGACUGACCAAUGUCAAAGAUGGUAUCGCCAUAUUACUCCAAUCUGUGAUAUUUUUGUUCGAUCUUAAUUUGUCAUCGUGGCGAGAGAUUUCGCUUCCGGUGAGAUGUAUAAGCAGUUACAGUACCGAUAUUAUAAUCAUCGCGUAUUACGAUAACAGUCUGUUGUACGUGUAUGAAAGUAAAAUGUACUCGUACCAAUUACAAAAUCUACAAGAAAAUUGGACGAUGAUAAAAGAUGAACUAUACAAUCAUGCAUUUUGUAAUGUGGCAGUUAUUCAUCGUUGCUUCAACGAUACAUGGACUAGGGCCAAUUUGCCCAAAAAACAGAAAAAAAUUAGAAGGAGAAAAAAUCAAAAAAAUCAGUCAUGAGUCAGUUUCUGGUUAUAACAAUUUAUGUGCAUCGUCAUGAGCGCUUCCUUGAUAUAUGGUAGGAUGUACCUAACCUACCUAUGGAACCCUUUCCACCAAAAAACCUACAAUUUCUUAAUCACUUAUGAUUAUACUUCUAUUAUAUUAUGCCAACAUUUGUGUUCAUAUGUAUUAUCUGAAUUAAUAAAUCUUCUCUAUUUUGAA